AGUCCAAGCCCCUCGAAUCCAGUUGUCAAUUGAUUCCUUAUUGUACGUAUUCACUUUUAAAUACUUUUAAACUUUAAGGAAACAUUAGCCAUGUCUGUGAUGGGACAACCGAGCUUUGCCGCGUGGCAGGGACCCCAGGCCUCCGGCUUUGGCGGUGGGAACCUCACCGUCGUGGAUAAAGUCUCCCCAGAUAUGAUUCACCUUGUAGAUGCCUACUGGUAUCAAUUCCCCCCAAUGAAUCCACUUUGGCACGGUAUCCUUGGAUUUAUGAUCGGCGUCUUGGGUGUCAUCUCAAUACUCGGAAAUGGCAUGGUCUUAUACAUUUUUGCAUCAACGAAAUCAUUGAAGACCCCAUCCAAUCUGUUGGUGGUGAAUUUGGCCUUCUCUGAUUUCUGUAUGAUGACCACAAUGGCGUUUCCAAUGGUCGUUAACUGCUACUACGAAACCUGGGUGUGGGGACCACUUUUCUGUGCUCUGUACGGAAUGUUUGGCUCACUCUUCGGAUGUAUUUCCAUCUGGUCGAUGGCCUUUAUCGCCUUGGAUCGCUACAAUGUCAUCGUUAAGGGAUUAAGCGCCAAACCGCUCACAAAGAAAACUGCGAUGUUAUGGAAUCUUCUCAUUUGGACUAUGGCCAUUGGAUGGACUAUUGCGCCACUCUUAGGAUGGAAUAGGUAUGUACCCGAAGGCAACAUGGCAGCCUGUGGGACUGACUAUCUCAGCAAAGAUUGGUUAAGCAGAAGUUACAUCCUCGUAUACGCCUGCUUUGUCUACUUCUCACCUCUUACAUUGAUCAUCUACUGUUACUUCUUCAUUGUACAGGCUGUAGCUGCUCAUGAAAAAUCAAUGAGGGAACAAGCAAAAAAAAUGAAUGUCGCCUCACUCAGAUCAUCUGAGGCACAAGCAACCAGCGCCGAAUGCAAAUUGGCUAAAAUUGCACUAAUGACAAUUGCUCUGUGGUUCUUCGCAUGGACCCCAUAUCUAAUCAUCAAUUUCUCGGGCAUCUUUGGAAGCAGCAAAAUCUCACCUUUGGCCACUAUUUGGUGCUCGCUGUUCGCCAAAGCUAAUGCAUGUUACAAUCCCAUUGUGUACGGCAUAAGCCAUCCAAAAUACAGACAAGCUUUGGAGAAGAAAUUCCCAAGUUUGGUAUGUGCAAACAAUCAAGCAGACGAUGCCACAUCGACUGCUUCUGGAGUCACCCAAGUAACAGAAGGCGAGAAACCAGCUGCAUAAAUCACCAUUGGUCCAAAGAAUGGCAUCUCAGUGAGAGCAUGCGAGUUGUAUAUAGAAAUUGAUCAAAAUAAGAAAAAACGAAACGAUGAUGUUGCAAUUUUUUUUGUUAACAAUAAACCCUGCAAGCAUAAA